CUCUGGUCACGGGUGCUCGCUUUAGUUCAGAGAAAGGGAAGAUCGAGAAGUGGAGAAAAAACAAGACGAGGUGGAAAAGCUGCUCAAAAUGCUCCUCUGUGUCCCCAUACAUUUUCUUGCUCUCCUAUUAAAUUUGGAGCAUGAGGAGUCAUGAAGGAGAUGAACAAGAAGAAGAAGCUCCCGGCUUCAUCUCCAUCCAUGGCCUUUUCUCCAUUGAAAUCCUUCCUCCUCCUCCUCCUCCUCUCAUUCUCCCCCAUAACCUUGUGCUCGGGUGCAUCUCCGGCUCCUGCAGUAGGCAACAUUUCCCAUGUAGAAUUUGCUCAAUAUUUCCACAGUUACUACGGCCAGAGCUUCAAAGUCAUAAAAAAUGCCAUUGAUGCUAAGAGCUACCUUCUAAUUCAGAACACGUCGAGGAUGGCGGGGCGUGUCAAGUACUGCACAUCGCGAAUCAAAUCCUUCAUCGUCCCGCUCUCCAACUUCUCCGUCGACACCUCCGCUUUCCCACUGUCGUUUUUGGAGCUCUUGGGCCAAUUGGGGAGCUUGAAGGCCAUCACCUCUAACUCGCUAUCUUCGGAGUGUAUCCUGAAAUAUUAUCUGGAAGGAUCGAUACAAGUCGUGAAUGCCAAUGAAACUCAGCUGCUCUCUCAAUUUCCUGCGCAUUUCGUCAGCAAGCCUGGUGAUGAACUUGCGUGUAAUUUCGCUUUGUUUCUACCCGCUGUGGAGAACACUCCCGUACAGCGUGCAGAGUGGAUCAAGUACUUGGGGGCAUUUUACAACAUGGAAGCAAGGGCCAAUAGCAUCUUCACGGCGGUGAAGGAGAACUAUGCAUGUUUGAGCACAGCUGCAUCAAACAGAACGACAUCACCAAAACCAAUUGCUGCUUGGUUGCAGUUCAAUGAGGGGAUUUGGUCUUUCUCCAAAGACCCCUACAAACUUGAGUAUGUUGAAGCUGCUGGGGGUGAGAACUUGGACAGUUCCAUUAGUAAGAACACUUAUAAUGUCUCAGAUCCUGAUGAUAACGAGGAAUUUCAUGCAAUUUUGUGUACGCUUGACGUGGUGAUAGAUGAGACUUAUGUUCCAGAACCUGAAACUUACAAAGUCUCCAACUUCUUAGCAAAUGUAUACAUUGAAGACCACAGUUGCUUUGCUUUUCUUUCCAACCAAAGUCUUUGGCGAUAUGACAAGCGGAUCAUCAAUUCUUCCACUCUAGAUUGGUAUGAUGGUGCAAUAUCUCAGCCUCAAUUGGUCCUGGCAGAUCUCAUUGAGGCCUUCUUCCCUACUGGCAACUACAAUACCACUUACUUCAGGAACAUUGCUAAGGAAGAAGGGAUCGUGAACAUUGUUCCUGAGAUGUGUGAGCGGGAUGCUUCCACUGCCAUGCAACCCACUCUUGUACGCUGCAAUGGCUCCUAUUGACUUCCAAGAUACGGAUUUUCAUGGUUUUGUUAGUCUUGGAAAAAAAUAAUGAGGUUAAAUAACGGAACGUUCAUUUAUUAUGGAAUCUCUUUGCUUCUGAAAUUUUGUCCAA